UAGAUGUGUAGCAAGCAAUGUUACACACGUAGCUAGGGGUCUUUCUGUUGGGUUGAUUUAAAACAUAACAAAUGUGUUUUACAGGCAGAAAAACGAGGAUUUGCUUUCAUUAAAACAGAGGAACUGGAACAUUUACGGAUAAAAGGGAAGAUAAAGAAAAGGCUUUGUUAAUCUAGAUACAUUAUAUCUGUGCAGAGAGGAGCUGGAGCUGGAGCAGACCCCUCCUCCCAGCACCACAGCGGGUCAGUUGGAGGCAAUGUCAAACUGAACAAAACAUUUGUGGAGGACCACCUUAGGCUGGAGCUCUGUCGCCCAGGACAGAGCAUGUGUUUUGGGGACAGAUACUGAGACGUUGCCUGUGUUUAUUUCUAAUGGCUGAAGCAUGGCUGGUGUUUUCCAGAGGGUCUGCACUACUUUAGUAUGCUAAGGGCUUCUAUAAACUCCUAAACGUUGAGGAUAGUCGUUUUUUUCCCACUUUUCUCCUUUUUCUGAGGGAUUUAUCUUGGAUUUCAAAAUGAAGUUUGCACACGUUUUGCUGAAGAACGCGUCCAAGUUCAACAUCCCGAAACAAGUGGACAGGUUCUCCAAGUUUUCUCCUUCACCGCUUUCAAUGAAGCAGUUCAUAGACUUUGGUUCUGCAAAUGCCUGUGAGAAGACCUCCUUCAUAUUUCUCCGUCAGGAGCUCCCCGUCAGGCUGGCCAACAUCAUGAAAGAGAUAGACUUUCUCCCUGACAAGCUCAUCAGUACCCCGUCUGUGCAACUGCUGCACAGCUGGUAUGCACAGAGUCUGAUGGAGCUUGUGGAUUUUCUGGAAAAAGACCCCGAUGAUAAAAAUGUUUUGACAAUGUUUACAGAGACUCUGAUUAAUGUGAGGAAUAGGCACAAUAACGUGGUCCCCACAAUGGCUCAGGGGGUGGUGGAGUACAAGGAGGCCUUUGGAGUGGAUCCAGUGACCAAUCAGAACGUCCAGUACUUCCUGGACCGAUUCUACACCAGCCGUAUUUCCACCCGCAUGCUCAUGAACCAGCAUACAUUGAUCUUCAGUGGCAGCACUAACCCAGCCCAUCCAAAGCAUAUUGGCAGUAUUGACCCCAACUGCGACGUAGUGGAGGUGGUAAAAGAUGCCUACGAGAGCUCCAGGAUGCUGUGUGAUCAGUAUUACCUGACCUCUCCAGAAGUGGAGAUUAAACAAGUGAACUCUAAGGAACCCAAUGAACCCAUUAACAUUGUCUAUGUGCCUUCUCAUCUUUAUCAUAUGCUCUUUGAGCUGUUUAAGAAUGCAAUGAGAGCGACUGUAGAAACCCAUGAGAACAGCACGCAUCUACCGCCAAUCAAAGUCAGAGUUUCGUUGGGAAGUGAAGACUUGACAAUAAAGAUGUCAGACAGAGGAGGUGGCGUUCCACUGAGGAAAAUUGAGCGUCUUUUUAGCUAUAUGUAUUCCACAGCACCAAGCCCAGUACAUGAUAAUGCUCGCAAUGCUCCAUUGGCUGGCUUCGGUUAUGGGCUCCCAAUCUCCCGCCUCUAUGCCAAAUACUUUCAAGGAGACAUUCAGCUCUACUCUAUGGAGGGAUAUGGAACAGCAGCUGUUAUUUAUUUGAAGGCCUUAUCCACCGAGUCUGUGGAGAGACUUCCUGUGUUCAACAGGUCGGCUUUAAGGCACUACCAGACGAGCAUUGAGGCAGACGACUGGUGUAUCCCCAGCAGUGAACCCAAGAAACUGGGAAAGGAUGAUUAUAACAUGCAGAAGGUGAGAACUGAGGGAAAGCUGAACUGAUGGGAUAAAACAGAGACGUCGUGUUUGAAGGCACAGAGGCCUUGAGUUCCCAUUCCCAGUAGAAACCAGCACGUUCACUGCUGUUCACAUUAAUCUCGACUUGCUGCCUACAUGGUAGAGUGUGAUGAAGGGCAUUCGUUUGUAUUAUUUUCAAUGUGUCAAACUUAUCACCAUUUCACCAUGUAUUUCAUAAGCUCGUUAUUUUCUUUGUUGAGAAUCAGCUGUAUCUGUUUAAUGUAAUGAACAUAACACAAGCUAACCAAGAAAAGAUUUUUAUCUUGUGUAAAUUUGGGGAAUGUACAGUAUUUUACAUGUGUUAUUCAUCAGAAUCUCAACUGUAACAGAAUCAGCUGUAAUGUUCAAAUUGCCAACUCCUUUGAAGUGCGCUUUAGUUGAUGGGGCCAAGCUGAGUGUGUUUCUGAAGGCAUCCCCUGAUGUUUAACUGCCUGAUGUACAGGUUGUACCAAACUGAUAAUGAACAACAGAUGCUAGACUAAAAAGUAAACAACAGCAGCAAUGCAACGUUUCAUUUUGGAAACUGUAAGCUGGAAAGACUAUGCAUGCUACUAGGAAAGUAUAGGAAAGUACUGUAGGAAUUGGGUAAAGAAGAGUGUAAUUUUAUGGUAUGUAAGUGUGACCAACUCAAACUAACUGUUCACAAACAGUGUAAGAGACUAUGUUGAGGCUGUAUGAGUAAGUGUGUGACUGUUUAUAAACAAUCUAAAGAGAGAACAAUGAGUCAGAGUAACACUCUCGUCAUGUAAAACAAUGUUAGAUAGUAAAAGUAUGUGGACCUUAACUUCAAAUAUUUCAACAGCUUUGCUAAAACAUUUCACCCCAGAUAAAAACCUUUUCUUUUUCUUUUAAUAUGAACAGUUCCCCCCCCCCCCCCUGAUUACAUUGGAAGUGUACAUUACGUGUCUGAUUACCAGACACGUAAUGUAAUUCAAUGCAAUACCCAAUUUUCAAAACAUUUUAACAUUUAAACUAUCCUCAGACAGGGGUUACGUGUAGUUGCAGACUAGGCUUAAUUCCUGACUAGGAAAGUUCAUUUAUUGAAUGACUGAAUCUUAUCAUAUAUUACCUGCAUUUCACAAGCUGUAAAUGUGUCACAAUCAGGAUUUAACAAAACUCAAGCUUUGCUUAAAUCUCACUGUGUAAAACUUCAGCCCUAAUGGGCCACAGAAAUGCAGACUUAAGCAAUAGUUAAAUGCAGGACAGUGCUAAUCUCUGAAUAAACUCAUACCCUGUUUACAUCUGGUAAAUUCAUGUAUCAUUGUAUCACAAAAUGAUGUAAAAUAUAAAAGUGUAAACACACCCAAGACAUAUUUAAACACAUAUAAAUCCGAUCACCAAAACUACUCCUGGAGUGGUCUGAGAUGCCUUUGAGACACACGUUAUACCCCUCCUAAAACAAGCAAAAUAAUUGUCAUGCAAUGAGCAGAUUUGCAUAGUAGUAUCAGGAUACAAUCCAGAUAGCACUUAUUUGAAUUCACCAGGUGUAAACAGGGUCUCAGUGAACAGAAUUCUUCAGUUAUUAAAUGUCAGCUGUAAUCAGGUCAUUUAUUACCUGCAUUUCAUCAACCAUGUUAGCCAGUAAUUUUAUUAUUACAUCUCUUCACCGGAAAUAUUAACAGUGACAAAAGGAAUUACAGUUUUUCUUUCCUUUGUUUUUUUAUUUAUGUCCUUUAAUUUUUUACUUGUGACUUUUAAUGUGGUAACACUGAAGUGCCAACAUUGUAUUGUUUUCACACAAGUUUUAAUAGUUACAUUUUUUUUUUUAAUCGCAUGAUCUCAGGAUGAUGAAGAAAUGCCAUAUUUUAUUUUCUUUGAAUUCCCAAAAGUGUGUGUUACUGUAUGUGAAUCGUAAGGAUCUGAGAGGAAUUAUGCUAAAAUGAUGAAAGGACUGUGACACUAAAGAUGUUAGAGAUCUGCAGUGGCAAUAGCUGCUCCUACAAGCAACAUUCAUUAAAGUGCUCCAUUUGCUUGGUUUUCAUGUGCCACUGAUCAGCAAAUUUGCUAAAAAAAAUCCUAAAAUCCUCUUGUAGUAUUAGUUCUGUAUGUGUUUUGUACAGUUUUAAAAAUGUUCUUGUAAUUAAUACGUCUGCUAUGUUGAACUGUUUCUUGCACACUACAACAUGUCUUUAUAACCCGGGACUGUUAGCUGUUAUUGUGAUCAGACCAACCACUCAUACCUCACACAAGCUCACUCUGUAGUCAAGAGAACGUGACAUCUGGUGCGUGAAGCAGGAACUGUGACUGAUAGUGCACGUCGUCUGUAGGAUCAUUUCCUGUUUUUUGGUGUACCGCUCAUCUCUCUCAUUAUGCACAUGCAGUGCUUUCUAACUUCUCUGAAGUGGGGGAGCACGUUUCCACUGCAGCUGAUUGUGUUUUUAUUAAAAUCUAUGAUGAACAAAAA